AUGGCACUUCGCACUGUCUCCACUGCUGUGUUCCUGACCUCCAUAGUCCUCGCCCUUUACAUGCAAAGAGCUUCCUCUUCCGAGGUCAAUGUAAGCCAAACCCAACCUCCAAUUUCUGAUCAGUAUCUUCUGGAAUUUGUACUGAAUUUAGAAUAUUUAAGCGCUGAGUUCUUCUCCUGUGGUGCUAAUGGUCGUGGACUUGAUGCCACUGCUCCACAAUUAACCAAGGGAGGUCCUCCUCCCGUUGGAGGCCGAAAGGCCAACCUAAACCCCUUCUUUCAGGACAUCUUCUCCCAAUUUACUUUAAUAAAAAUUGGACAUUUGAGGGCCAUAAAUGGUGUAGUUAAAGGAUUCCCUAUUCCAUUACUAAACAUAAGCAAGGAGUUAUUCGGCAAAAUUGUGGAUGAUGCACUUGGACAAACUUUACGCCCAUCUUUCGACCCCUAUGCAAAUUCACUCAAUUACUUACUCGGGGCUUAUAUCAUUUCUGAUUUAGCUCCCCCUGGUUAUGUUGGAAUCACACCACAGUUGCAAAAUGUUGCAGUUAUUCGAGCAUAUUUAUACGAACGUCGAAACUAUCCGGUACAGCCAUAUGGAGUGAACGUUUCAGAGCUCACAGAUCGCAUUUCGGAGCUUGCAAAUAGGUUAGGAAAAGAAGGAACCAAAAGUGAGGGCAUUGUAGUUCCUCUAUCGCAAGGUGCUGAGGGGAGAAUAGAAGGUAAUGUGAUUGGUGCUGACAACGAUUCACUAGCAUAUGGAAAAAUGCCUGGGGAAUUACUGAGGAUAGUAUAUGGAACGAGUGAUGAACAUGUCCCAGGUGACUUCUACCCUAAGGGAGCAAAUGGUCGUAUAGCUAGGUCGUUCUUAAGCAGAGGAACAUAG